AUUAAAAGCAAUGUAUUCCUGAUCCAUAUUUAGCGUAAGUGGCAUAUAGGAUGAAAAAUUAAAGAAAAAAAUAUAUCGAAACUUGAAAGGAAAGAUACCUGAAUUUUAAAUUUUUACCAAUUUAUGUGAAUCGAGAAAUUAUAAUAAAAUACUCCAUUGGUUGAUUAUUUCGUCAAAUCCAAGAAAUGGGAUGGUGUGAUGGUGUAAACCAUCUUAUAUUAUUUGCUUAUCAUUACAGACUAAUAAUGUUGUACGUCUUGAUGAAUUAUUAUUUAUAAAUUUAUAUUUUCAUUUAUUUUUUGCCAAGGGCGAUGCGCUCCAGGUUGUGUGCAUUGCUAAUGAGAUUGAUAAUGGAGGAUGAGUGGUUUAAGUGGGUUCCAGAUCACUGGGAAGCGAUUUUGAAACUCAUAAAUUAUAUUUAGCGAUGUCAGCUCCUUAAUUGGUCAUAAGAACGGAGUUAACGAGACACAUGAAUCUUGAUUUCUAUGAAUGAUAAUUUAUCAGCACGAUCACGGACCUAACCGCUUCCUAAUUCUCACAAUUCCUGACAUUAUAUUCAAUCCUGUUUAUGAUGUCUUGAUGGUCCUUGUUCCUAUCAUUUGCUUGUCAGGUUCCUUGUUAUCAAUGGUUUUUCUUCAUAAUAUGAAGUGAUUAAUAAUUGUUUGUUUUCAUGUUAAUAUCUGUUAGAUUGAUGCUGUUUAUUGCUGAUUGAAGUUUUGAUAAUCUACAAGAUAGAGAAUUAACCAUCUUUCUAUUAUCGAAGGCUUGAAUUGGAACUCGAAAUUAGCAGAGCUCUUCUUUGUCUACGUGUGUUUCACGAAAUUGGGGAUCCCGUGUGCCUGUCCUUGAAAACAAAAGAUUCUCCAACCGGAAUAAAUUUCGCGCGAAUUUAAUGAUACACUUUCGCUACUAAUUCAAUAACGAGAGUGAUGAGGUUAGGGGUUAGGUAAUGAGGCACUUGCACUUGUUUCCUGCAAGUGCCUCUUUGUUUACAAAUUGCACGCAGCUGGGGGACCAUGGUUGGGGGAAGGGAAGGGGAUUUAUUGCGCAUGCGCGACACUGUUGAGCAUGGAGAGUGGAGAGUGUAGAGCUCGCUUGAGCUUGAGUCAGUGUUCAUUGAUCGCUGAGCUGAUGCAGCAGGGGCAGCAGUCGCAGUCAGCGGCUGACGGACUGCCUUCAGCGGCGGCGGGUCGCUUGUCGCGCGUGCGGACGCGGUUGGCGCGGCUGGGACGGUCGACGACGACCGACGACGCGGUCGAGGAUGCCGCCGCACCGGGAGGCCGACGUCACCUGCUGCGACACAUAAUCCUGCGUGACACCGAGUCGGACACUGAGUCGUGUUCGCGCGUGUCGGCCGAUGAAGAGGACAGUGCCGACGAGGAGGAUGACGAGGAGCCCAAGGCGAGAGGACGCCCCCGGCGAUCGACCACCGAGUGUCCUGACCCGGACGCCGCUUCCUCCGCUCACGACUCGCAGGAAACUCUAUUCGAGAAGCUCGGUCAGCGCAUCAAGCAGCGCAGUGAUCGGGUACACAAGGAUACAAUAAUGUGGGCCUAUUCGAAGAAGGAACUAUUCAACCAUCACAUAGAAUAAAAAACUCAUUAUUGUAUUUUCCAAUUGUAUUCGUACCAUCUCAACUCAUCCGCUUUCAAUCUGAAACGAGUCAUGAUAUGAGCUAGUGGACUUGGACGUUUGGCUCAGUUCACUGUGAAAAUGUCUUGACGUUAUACUUGUGAAAUGGAAAUAGAGACGUCAAUGCAUCGUAAUGACUUUGCAGUUGAAGGUGAAGAGUUUGUGGAAGUUCAGCUUCUCCUAUUGAUCUCUGGCUCACUGCAACAGCCAAUAAUGGAUUCUGGGUCUUGUCAGUUUCGCCUGAGGCUUUCAACUAUUUUCUCAACCCUUGCGAACCUUUAAAAAUGUCUCAGAGUCUUCUAUCAUCCUAUCACUCUCACUUUUUGAAAGUAUGAGCUAUUUUGGGGUUCACAAGCUACUCUUACCAUAUCUGUAUGAAUACCAUACUUAAUAAAAUUAUGCUCAAAUACUGCAACAUAUUAAUUGUUAUUUUUCCAUCAAUCAGACAAAAUAUAUCUAUUUAAAAAGAAAAAAACAUUUACAAAGUAAAAAUCUUAUGUACUCAUUUUCAAUAUAAUACAACAACAAAGAAUAAAAACUACCUCAUGAAUACACUAAAGCCAAAUAAAGUUUAGAAAAUGGUCUGCAUGGGCAAAAAAUGCCUGUAAGCAAACUAGAGUUGCAUAUUACAAGUUUUACAGAGGAAGGGAUCACUCAUUUUGAUGCAUUCAGAAACUUAUUGAAUAUAAUUAUCACAUAUAGUGAAUUAUUGGAUAGCUCAAAAAAUAAAGAAUUAUUAGUGUAGUGGUGCAUACAAAUUCCAAGAACAGUAGACAGGUUGUCACCAACAACGAAUUUAUCGAUCAGGGUAGGUGUUAUAAUUUGUUGUGAUGAUGCAUUGUCCACUCCCAGCUGUAUUAAAAAUUCCUUUAAUUUCAAUUUGAAUAAGGAUUUCGAGACGUCCUGAAAUUCUAUCUGGUGUGGGAAGUGACGAGCCAAGUUAUGAUACAGAACAUGUGAAAUAUAGAAGGAAUUGGUUUGUGUUAGAAAUCUCUGGAGGGGUAUAGCUGUAACCAGUGAAUAGCAUACCGCGUUUGAUGCCUAUGUGAAAUGGGCCCAAGGAUGUUCAUGUUGGAAAAUAAAUGUAUUAAAAUGUUUUUAAUGAAGAGAUGUCUUACAGUCAGGACCGCAGUCUCCUCAAAGAGAAUGUUAGUUAAGAAACGAGGUUUUUUUUCAGAGCUAAUUUCAGGAUGGCUUUCUGGACAAUAAAGAGUGGCUGAGGAACCGUCUUGCAAGCGCCACCCAAUGCAACUAUACCAAACUCCAAAAGGGACUGGGUAUAUGCGAAGUAUGCCAUUCUAAUCUCUCUCCUAUCCAGUACAUCACUCAUCAUUCUAAAUGCCUAUAUUUCCCUAUGUCUAUAAAUCUUUCUCUAUGUAUUCAAUGUGAGCAGACCACCUCAUCCUAUGGUGGAAAAAACGCCCAAAUACUUGUAGAAAGUGACCAAUUCAAUGCAAGAACAGCUACAUGAGAACAGCUAACACUGAGAAAAUCCCCACAGCAGUGAACUUUCAAACUUGAUAAAUUGUAAUCGGUCUUCGGUCUCAAUGAUAUUGGGAUAAAUUUCGUUUUCGUGGUGUUUAUUGUCAAGGUAUUCUGAUCAAGCCAUGUUUUCUUGUGAAGAAGGUCAUUUUGAGCAUUUUCUCAAACUUCUACCCAGUUGGGCCCUUUCAAAAAUAUUAAUGCAUCAUCUGCAAACAAAAAUAACCUCCCAUGUAUAUUUACUUUUGAUAUAUUAUUCAUAUGGAUUAAAAGAAGGAUUGGGCCCAAAGUGCUUCCCUGAGUCACCUCAAAGUCAACCGCCACAUCUUCACCCCUGAUGUCCAUCAAGGAAACAAACUGACGGCGACUUGGCAGAUGACUUCUGAACCAUGCCAACACAGUUCCUCAAAUUCCAUUAAGGUUUUAUUUAUUCAAUAAUUUGUUCCUGUCAACUGAAUCAAAGGCUUGUUUCAGAUCAAGGAAUAGAAGCAUCAUCCGUUGAUUUUCAUUCAUUCCUUUAUUAUGGCUUUGCAAAUGUCAAAUAGAGCAUCAGGUAUAUUUUUGUCUUUUCUGAAGCCAUACUGACAGUCACUCAAACAUGCAUGCAUUUCAACUGUAUAAAUGCAUUUUGUAGCUUUCUUCUCAAUAACACAAUACGAUACCAGCAAUAUUGAUUUAUUCAAUAGAUAUACAAAAUGCUAACUCGUUAAGUUUGAAUGUAGAGAUAGGCAAUAUCAAAUUACUGAUAAUUGCAGUUUAUCGCUCCCCUAGUGGUAAUGUUGCUACAUUCCUAGACAGUAUUGAGAAUAGCCUCCAAUCAAUUCAAGAUAAGAAUAAUUGUGUCUUUGUUGGAGAUAUGAACAUUGACUGGAAUGCAAAUAACAAUAUAACAAGUGAAUAUAUUCAUAUACCAAAUAAAAAUGGUUUUGAAUCCUUUAUUAAUUCUUUCACGAGAGUAAUAGAAGCUACACAAACUUGUAUUGAUUAUAUUUUUCUCAAGACUAAUAAUAAUGAUAUAAUUGAACAAUCUUUUGGUAAUGUAUUAAAAACAUCAAUUACAGAUCACUUUUCGACUACUUUACACAUCCAUCUAUCAAAUAACAGACAGAUGAAACAAAAAAGUAGCUUUCCUAUAAUUGACUAUGCACUACUGACUAAAUGCAUCGAAGACGAGGACUGGGGGUUCUUGUACUCUAAUGAUGACGUCGGUAUUGAUUCAUUGACGGAAUUGUUUGUGGAGGGACUUAGGUGUCAUAUAGAGAAUUCUACAAAGAUGAAAUCUACUCCACAUAAAAAACGAGCCUUAAAGCCUUGGAUUACACCGGGUCUUAUCAAGUCAAUAAAUGUGAGGGAUACAAUGAAAUUAAAACUAAUUAAACAGCCAUAUAACACUUUAUUAAAAAACAAGUUUAAAGAUUAUAUAAAUAAGUUGAAUGAAUUGAUCAAUAUCACUAAAACAAAUUAUUAUAAAAAUAAAGUAGAGGAACACAAAAACAAUAGUAAUAAAUUAUGGAAUGUUAUGAGAUAAAUUAUUGGUAAAAAUGCUGACAAAGGAAAUAAUAUCAAAAUUGACCCCAAUAAAUAAAACAAUUUUUUCGCAAAUGUAGGUAGAGAAUAUGCUAGUAAAAUUCCGGCUAUGAAUGUAGAUUGUGAUGAAAUAUACAACGACCACUUCCCAUUAAUAAACGAACAUUUUACCCUGAAUCCUGUUACGAGUGUUGAGAUGAAAUGUAUUAUAAAAAAUUUGAAGAAUUCAGCAAGCCCCGGACUAGACCAUAUCAAUAAUAUUACAAUAAAGAAAAUAUCUACUUGGAUUGCAGAACCUUUAUGUUUCAUCAUUAAUAAAUGCUUUGAGGCUGGUAAAUUCCCGAUUUGCUUCAAGACAGCCAGAAUUAAACCGCUUUUCAAGUCAGGUAACGUUGAUCUUCCGGAGAAUUAUAGACCCAUAAGUUUAAUCAGUAAUCUAGCAAAAAUAAUGGAGAAAGCAAUUAAAACUAGAUUGAUGGGUUUUAUAAACAAUCACAACAUGAUUCAUAGGGAUCAAUAUGGCUUCCAAAGUAACAAAAAUACUGAGGAUGCUCUGGCCGCCUUUACAAAUGAAGUUUCUGAAGCCAUGUCUUCCAAUAACAACAAAUGCCUAGCUAUAAUGAUUGACCUGUGAUACCAUUCCCCACAAUAAAUUACUAAAAAAAUUGGAGAGGUACGGGAUUAGAGGACUCCACCUUGAAUUAUUUAAGAAUUAUUUAAGUGAUCGGAC